UGUCUUGACUAUAAUCAUAUUCAGAAAGCUUAUCCCUAUCACAACGCUCUCUGGCAAGGACUUCCUUGCCGCAUGGUGGGAAGUUGUGAAGUGUCACCACGCCCUUUGGAAGAUGGGCGUGUAUCACCGGGAUAUCAGCCCCAGCAAUCUCAUGGGGUACCGCUUACGCGGUCGAUUUAUAGCUGUUCUGAACGACUACGACUUAUCGUCGUUUAAACGUGAUGGUCCCAGCGGCCUCGAGCGCACGGGGUCGGUACCAUUCAUGGCGAUAAACCUUCUCACGCCAAAAGCCAUAGCAGGCGAGGUCAAGAACGUGUACGCGCAUGAUGCUGAAUCGUUCAUCUGGGUCCUCACCUGGAUCUGCCUCCGGUAUGAAGACGGCAAGCUCCUCGGCCAAAACAGACCACUAGAAGAAUGGCUGAAGUUGGAUGCUUUCACAUGCGCAGAAAACAAGUCCCACUUUUGGACAGUGAAUUUCAGUGAUGCGCGUCCAUCUGGAUCGCAUGAAGCGUCCUGGGACCUUGUAGAGAGAUGCUAUUUGGGGUUUCAGUCGCUUUAUACUCUAAAGGGGUACCGCAAACUGGCUGAUCAACUGGCAUUCGAGUUGUUACUUGAGGGACCUAUGCUGGAGCAUGACGGUCAUUUAUCUACCAAGCAGGGUAGGUAUAAUUGUAGUUGAGGUAUCGUGCCUC